AUGUGGAGAGCCGUGCAUCAAGGUUACUAUGAGCUGCCCGACCCGUACCUGAGCCAGUACCCGUACCAAUACCAGUACCAGUAUUAUCCGGGUUACCUGAUGGGUCCGGCCCAGUACAACGACCUGAUCAUGGACACUGCAAUCUACGGGUCGGACGAGUUCCGGAUGUACGCCUACAAGGUCAAGCGGUGCCCUCGCAUGCGCAGCCACGACUGGACCGAGUGCCCCUACGCCCACCGUGGCGAGAAGGCGCAGAGGCGCGACCCGCGCCAGUACUCGUACUCCGCAAUCGCGUGCCCCGCUUACCGGAACGGGAGGUGCCACAAGGGGGACCUCUGCGACCUCUCGCACGGCGUGUUCGAGUACUGGCUCCACCCAGACAGGUACCGCACCCGCGCAUGCAAUGGGACGCCGCAUUGCAUGCGUAGGGUGUGUUUCUUCGCGCACACCCCUGACGAGCUCCGCCCCGAGCCCGAAUUUUACCCGCGCAAGUUCUAUGUGCCGCAUCCGUACGAUCAGUACCCGCGCCGCCCUUACCGUACGCAUAACUGUGCGUACCGGGCGGUCCAGGUGGGAAGGGGGAUGUACGGCGGCGGACAUCGAGGCGGCAGGUCAGCAACCGUGGAGGAGUAUGAGAUGAUACUGAAGAACAAGAAGAUUAUGGACGAGUCUUUUGAAAAGGUGGAGAGUUUCCUGAACAGUCUGAGGUCCUUGACGCUGAGUGAUGAGCCUUUCGAAUUCGAAGACGAGAUUGAGGCGAUGGAUAGUUAUGAGAUGGUGGAGGCAGCACCAUCGGUUUCGGAGCUGCCGGAGUUCGACUGGGUUACAGAGCUGUUGCAGUAA